AUUCACGUACUGACACGAUCGCACACAUAAACGCAUGUUUCUGCCCACCGCUGAACAGAGCUGAGCUGCCACCCCACUCCACUCCUGUCCUUGACUCUGAAACUCACAGCCCAAGUCCAUCCAUCAGAACUGAGCCUCUCCAGUAGCUCUUACCUACCUAUCACAGGCUUAAGGGAAUUUUGGGUUGAACGCUGUGAAGGUACCUGAUGAAGAAGAGGAUUAGCUGAUCUUUGACUGAAGAAGAACUUCAGAAACAUCCAUCAGGUUCCCUUGUUUGUUUCCUUUUUGUGGAUCCCAGCUGAAAAAGAACUAAAAGGAUUUGGACUUUUAAGUCUCCUGCUGACAUUUAGGUUUAUCUGAGGUUUCUACCCACAUUCUCUUUUGGACAUUUCGUGGUGAUUGUUCUUGUUUAAGAUUUAGCAUGGCAACAACCGGCAUGCAACUGCUAGGCUUGGUCCUGUCCAUCAUCGGCUGGGUUUGCAGCUUCCUAGCGUGCACCCUGCCCAUGUGGAGGGUCACCGCUUUUAUCGGGAACAACAUUGUGACGGCUCAGAUCACGUGGGAGGGCCUGUGGAUGAAUUGUAUCUGGCAGAGCACUGGGGAAAUACAAUGCAAGGUGUAUGACAGCUUAUUGGCUCUCCCCAGUGACAUGAAAGCCGCCCGGGGUCUCAUUGUCCUCUCUUUGCUCAUCUGCACCCUGGCACUUACGCUUGCCGUUCUGGGUGUCAAGUGUACAGAGUGCGUGGGUCACCAAAGCCCCAAGGCACGCUUGGCCCGAGUGUCGGGUGUGCUGUUCUUCAUUGCGGGAUUCCUCAUCCUCGUACCCGUCUGCUGGACCGCCCAUUCAAUCAUCAGGGACUUCUAUGACCCGUAUGUGGCGGCCCCUCACAAGCGCGAGCUUGGCCCUGCUCUCUACCUGGGGUGGGGAGGUUCGGCUUUGCUGUUGAUCGGUGGAUCGUUGCUCUACGCAGGGUCAAAUCCCCCCGGGAUUCCUUCCUCUCCGACAUUUAGCAGCGACGAGAGCAGCCCUCGCAGAGCCGGUGGGGCUACCCAGGUCAAGGGUUACGUUUAAUGGGCAACAGCGACACCACGGCAGUCCCAGGAAGUCUUCUCUGCUAGUGUUUCCUAUUGUGAUAGAUUCAAGUUAAUAUUAUGGUGCAUUUGUGUCGGGUCAGGAUUACUGUAAAAAGUUUUCAGUUCAAAGCUUUGAAUUUUAGUGCUACAGAUAGUUCACAUAUAGUUCUGUUGGAUAUUAUGUUUUAUUAUAGCCACUGUGUUUGAUCUACACUCUUAAGUAUUGUAUUGGAACAUACAUAGAUGAAUAAAUUAACUGUUGAGGUACCUAAAUAUCUUGCUGUCAUCAGAAGCAAAACUGCAUAUAGAUCUAUUUUGGCAUUAAAUAAAUAAUAAGUCAAAGCUCUGAAUUUAUGAGUUUUCAUCUCAGGAUUAUUACAGUAAUAUCAGGACAAGGAUACUGCAUUAAUCUAUUUGGUAUUAUUCAAAAUAGUUCUGUGUUUGUGUGAUGGAGGUAGAGAAUAGAAAUGUGAAAUCAAAUUUUCUUUUCACCUCUAAUGUCCACUUAUAAGUCUUGUCUUUAUCUAUGUUUGUCCAUUAUGUUAAAAUAAUAAUAAAACCUUAAAUCCUUUAAAGUCA